AAACGGACGAGAAUAGAAGGAUUAUCUUGUGUUGAGGUUUCAGAAGGAUUAGGCAUAGGUUACAAGAGAACGGAGGAGUCGCCACGUGGACUUAUAUGAUAAGUAGGAUAUCUGUGUUCCAUAAUGAGUAAAAGAAUCGAGUUAACCAAAUUUUUUUAUGCCACAAAUUAUAAUGUCAAACCUAAAAUCGGUAAUCACGUUCAGAAACAAAUCAAACAAUAAUAAAAGAGAUGGGACUAGAGUUUCCGUUUAUUGAACUUUACCAGUCGAAUCAAGUAAAAUGAGACACGUAUAAACUUUUGAGAAAUAAGAGCAUGUCGACAAUAGUUUAAGAGUUCAUAGUCAGU